AUGUCUGACGCGGUCACUUUCUCCUUCCUCCCCGGCGAGAUCAUCAAGAAGGGCACCGACAUCACGCUACAAGCCAUCCGUGAUGUCGACCUGUCAUCAGCUCAGGCGGUUAUCAACAUCGUUCGCGGCGGCCAGCCCGCCAAUCUGCCCAUAGAGGUGACGGGCAAGUCAAUCCAAGUUCCAACGUCUGAUCUUGAUACCGGCGGUUACGAUCUUGUCGUCGGCGAAUUGCUGGACACGUCGGGUGGUCGAUUUGUUCGCUUGCUCGUUCGACCUCGGAUCAUCAAGGCGCCUCAAGCUCCAAAGGCGACGAGCGAUGGGCUUCGGAUCGACCAUUCCGUCAUGCUAGCCAUCGGGGAAACAACAGCCACCAGGCUGGCUCCCGGCGAGCCUAAGCCACCGGGUACUACCUAUGUUGAGAAGAUAAAGGCCGUCGAAGUCGACACCGGGAUGCCCGUCGACUUUGCUUUGGGCGAAGACGGAAGGCCGAUCGACGCCGAGGCGCUUCUGGCGGCCGUCGAGCAACGACAAUUCCAGAAGUUUGGACGCAUUCACAAGGCUCUCUGGUGGCAUAUCCAGGGUAAACCGACAGAAGAGGUGGUUGACGUUGUCGUGUGGCCCCGCAUUACGAAAUGUAUUGCCACUUCCGAGAAAAGGGGCUAUGAGGAGGAGAUGCCUGACGAGGAGAGACGGCUCCUGGGCGAAAUUCACGCGAUGCGAGAUUCAAUUGUGCAAACGUUGCAACGACUGGGCGGCGAACUUUCUGAGCUGACUAUGGAAGGUCUGUCGGUCGCCAAGGCAGACCAUGUCGGCGUGGUAUUUUUUGACGGUCAUUCUCCCAUCACCGAUUUGAGGGACUCUAUCGCGGUUGCGCGUUCAAAUCUUUUCCACCAAUUAGGCGAGACUAGCAAGAAUGUCAAGGUGGCAGUCUAUGAGGACGGCCCAAAAGAUACCACCGACCUCUCGUUUACGGACCGAUAUACGUCGAACCCGAGCGACAGCGAUCACGCAAGACUGACGUCCGCCGUGGUGAAGAAUACAAAAUCUGGGGCCCCUCACGGGCACGCUCCCGACUGCAACCUAUACUCGGCUACUAGCAGCGACAAAAAGGCGAUCUUGGAGGAGGCGGAAUAUGGGGACCUGCAGGCCGAUGACCUUCUUCACGACUGGAUGGCUCUGAAGUCGCCGUUUCCCACUAUCGUCCAUGCCGCGGGCAAUUUCUGGUACGGGGAUGCCGACAACAUCAGACCGCCCCACGAUGAGUUCGUGAACCACAAGGGCUACAACACGCUUUCCGUCGGAAACCACGACGACGAGGCCUUUAUUAUUGACGGGUCCUCGGUGUACCGAAACCCAACGUCUCCGAACGGGGACCGCGAGCUUCCCGAGCUCUGCGCUAACGGCACUGCCGUGGCGGCGGUCGGUCUCACCAAGACGGGCACCAGCUUCGCCGCCCCCGCCACCGCCGGUGUUGUUGUCCUCCUGCAGAGCGCCAACCCUGGUCUGAAAAAGUGGCCCGAAGCGUGCCGGGCCGUGCUUCUAGCCGGCAGCAACCGGCAACUGGCAAACUCGACGUGGUGGGCCGACGUGGGCUCCGCGCGUAAGGACAGCAAGGUCGGGGCGGGCGCCGUGGACGCCGAGGUCUCGCACCGAAUCGCACUCAAACGGGUGACUCGGGACGGAUCCGCAUCCAGGGGUUGGGAUGCCAAUAGUCUCCAAGACUCAGACACCGGGAGCCAGGACAAACUUUCCACGCUUCACUACUACCUGCGCGCGCCAGGGAGUCCCGUGUCGCCGUUCGACCGCCUCCGGGCUAAGGUGGCGCUCGCGUGGGAUAGCGUGGUGACGACAAAGGACGACCAGGUGACGUCGUCCCAGUUGACCACGGACCUGGACUUGCUCGUUUGGGACAGUAACAGGAACACGGCUGCCUGUUCGGCGUCCUUCGACAACAGCCACGAGGUCGUCGACUUCAACGCCGUUCCGGGCGAGACGUACCAGAUCGGGAUCCGCCAGUGGUCCGGGUCCGAAUCUGUCUGGUACGGCAUCGCCUGGACCGUUGAACAGACAUCAUGGCUGCUAGAGCGGCCAGGCAACGCCGGCUUUUCCACUAGCCUCAACAUUGCCAUGGGGACAUCGUCUAUUGGUGCUUACGAAACCACAAACAACCCGGCACUGGUCUCGGCUGCCAGCCAGAACUCGGCCUUGCUUUCGUUCGGCGCCCCCCAACCUACAAUGCCUCAGGUGGCGGUGGGUCUCAACAUGGUGGACAUGGGCAACUCGUCACCCAAUAACUGGGCCAUCCGGAUUAAGGCUUUCUUCAGUGACGUGACCGAGCAACAGUUCACGCUGCACGUCAACUCAUGGUCCGACACAAUGCUAUACAACGCCCGCGUGUCGUGGCUGAUGCUAGACCAGGCCGAGCCAGGCGUGCAGUGUGGCCAGUUUGACAGCAAUGACUACGGCACCCCUGGGACCAAGGGAAACAUCUACGAGACGGUCCUGUUCCCACGUCCCUUCAACAAGCCUCCUAUUGUAUACGUCGGUCUGAGCGGCUGGGACAUCAACGACAACUGGCGCAUCCACUGCUGGGUGGCCAAUGUGAAGACGGACAGCUUUGACAUGCACAUCGACACAUGGGGCAGCUCGGUGCUGUACUGGGCCAGUGCGACUUGGAUUGCUAUCGAUGUCGACAAGCCGGGCUGGCUCAUAGGUGAAAUGAUAGGGAAAAGCGAGUCCGCUACAUGGAGCGGUCAUGUCUCAUUUGCGAGCCCGUUCCUGCGCACCCCUGCUAUGUUCACCGCACUGACCUACUUUGAUGUCAGCCACUUUCACAACUUUCGUUUACGGUUCAAGACGGUGCCAAAAGAAGACGGGUUCAACUGGGGAAUGGAGAAGUGGCAUGACACAGAGAUUUACCAGAUCCGGGCUUCCUGGCUCGCCUUGGAGUUGUCUAACUGGCGCUUGAGGGAGGGUUGAAUGCUCUCUUGCAAAUCGGGCGAUUCAUGACCUUGGGAUGUUAACUUGACCGCAGAGACCGCUUUGUCUCUUCCCCCCCUCCCACAUAACAGUGUUAUAUCUCAGAUCGAGUCGCAUCAAUGAUCAUUGCUUGCCUAGGUACUGUAAACUUAAAACCUGGUAAUAAUAACAGCAUGACUUUUGUAGCUCAUAGUAUAAUUCUCUGUUAAUUUUAUGCUCUUUCCACUUCCUCUUGAAAA